AUGGAUACAAAUAUUACCCAACAAUAUUUUAAACAAAGAAAGGAUUUCGGCCGGCAAUUAAUGUUUUGCGAGGUAGCUCCUCACAUGUUGGAUUCUAUUAACCCCAAUAGCAUAGAUCAGAAACAAUACUGCUUAAGAAACCCUGUCAAUAGAGAAGCUCAAAUAUCAACGUCAGUUUCUGAAAAUUACAUAAACACAAAACAGAUUUUUUUAAAAGCUACCGGAAUAAACCACGAUGAAGGUGGAUGGCCUAAAGAUAUACAUUAUGACGACGAAGAAGCUACCUCGCGAUAUCGCCGUCGCUUCGAAAGGGAUGAUGGAUAUGUCGACGCCAUUAAAAACCUCAAUCCUGAAUUUGAACAUUACAUAAAACAAAACAAUGCCAUAGAAAUGUAUAAUAUGUAUUUCAAAGAAAUAACCAGCGAAAAACCAGUUGAGAAGUUUUCGAUUAAGAUCAAUAGUACUUACAAAGAUUACGACAGUCGACCCGUAAGUGAUAUUUGUUGGACUUACGAAGAUAAACCCAAACUAGCAGUGUCGUAUUGCGAUAAAGCAUAUCCCGUUUUGCAGGUUAGGAAUAACAAUUUUAUUUGUUAUGUGUGGGAUAUUGAAAAUCCAAGUGAACCGUACUUACGUCUAUAUCCCCAAGCUGCUUGUUGGCAACUUGUUUCGUCGCCUGCAUCUCCAGAUAUGUUUAUUGGAGGCCUUGCUAAUGGUAAAGUCUGCAUUUUUGAUAUACGUGCGCAAAGCGAAGCCGUUCAAAUUAGCCCAGAGCAUCUUGCGCAUAGGGAUCCAGUUAGUUCCCUAUUAUUUAUACCUUCUCGCCUUAAUACGGAAUUUUUCAGUGGCUCUACUGAUGGGUUAUGUUUGUGGUGGGAUGUCCGUAACAUUUCUAAAGCAACAGAGUCGCUAUUGAUGUCUAUACGAGUACCGUUUGGAGAAACUUCCAAUUUCACAAAUUCGGAAGGUGUAAGUGCUUUGCAAUACGAUCGGUCAUUCCCCACGAAAUUCUUGUGUGGAACUGAUACUGGUUUAGUUAUAUGUGUUAACAGGAAAGGGAAGAGCCACAACGAAAUAAUGAGCGCUGUUUUUAAUGCUCAUAGCGGCCCCGUGAAAGCAGUGUACAGAAGUCCAUGCACUUCCAAAGUUUUCAUCACAUGCGGGGACUGGAAAGUGAACGUUUGGAAUGAGGAUGUUCGUUCAUCACCGAUCAUUACUGGGAUGCCGCAUCAAUAUCAAAUAAACGACGUUGUUUGGGCGCCUAAAAGGUACUCAGGAUAUAUGUCUGUAUCGUCCGAUGGUAAAUUUCGUUACUGGGAUCUUUUACGUAAGUACCAGGACCCUCUUGCAGUUAUGCCCGUCUCCCAACAUGCUCUACUGAAGAUAAAACCCAAUGAAGACGGACAAUUUGUGGCUAUUGGGGACUCAAAGGGGUUGUUGAAUCUUCUGUCACUGUCAGAACUACUGGUUAUAUCUGAUGAAAGUGAUAAGCAAUUGAUGAAUCAAACUUUUGAUAGAGAGACUAGAAGAGAACAUAUACUAGAGACUCGAGUAAAAGAAAUAAGAGUGAAAUUGAAAGCUGAAGAAGAGAAAAAAGAUGAUACAGAAGUAGACGUCGUAAAUGAGGAUACUUUGCUUGCAUCAAUGGAGGAGGAGUACAGACGCAUUGUGUCUGAUGAAUGGCGUAAGAUUGGAACCACUCCUAUAAUGCGAGAUGUUAAGAAAAUGAGAAAACGUUAG